AUGCCAUUGGAUAUACCAUUGGAUAUAAGGGCUCUUAAAGGAGUGCCAAUUUGUUAUUUUAUAGAUAAACAAGUUGUCUUGAUAAACAAUAACUUAACUUCUAAAAAAGAUGACGGUAAUUUGCGAUUAUAUUCAUCUUUUAGAAUUUCUAAUUUAAUAUUUGAGGAAGGAGAUUUUGAUGCUAAUGAAUUUGGUCAUAAGCUUUAUAAUUUCAUCCUCCCAAGUAAUGUUAAUAAAUAUUUUGAGACAAAAGUAGAAAGAGAUUUAAAUAGAGAAAAUUCAGUAACGGCAACGGCCGACAAUGAGUGGUUGUUUUAUAUCACCAAAAACGGAUUAAAAGAUUGGUUACCAUUGGACGUGAUGACAAUAAACGAAUUAGGAUCAUCUAUCAAAAUAACUCAAAAUAAGUUGUUAUCUGGAAAUCAUAACAGUGUUGACGAACUAGAUGAAGUGGUUGAUGUAAAUAACUUAUAUUAUAAGUUAAAAGCAUUAUCGUUGUUGAUUGCAAAUGAAAGUUUGUCAACGAGUGAUUUGCAAGCUGGAUUUCAACAAGCACUUGGGGGUCUAGAUAUGGAAAUAGGUAUAACUGAUAUUAUAAACGAAGGGUGUGAGCAAGCCAGUUUCGUCAGGAAGCGUGUAAUGUAUUUGGUUGAUUUGGUUGAUGACAAUAACAUUAAUUCAUUAAUUGAUAAUCUUGGAUUGACAAGAUCUAAAGAAAAAAUUUUAACAAUUGUUAUUGAUCAAUUAAAGCAAUUGUUGGGUGGCAAAAUUUGUGAUUUUGUGAAUAGUUUUACUUUUCUAACAGCAGUCACGUUAUACAAUUUUUAUCACACAUUUAAAAGCAUUUACGAUAUUUGGAAUCAAUUUAAAACGUGUGAUGAAUUGAGUAAAUAUCUAUCAGAAAAAAAAGGCUAUUUAAAAAUACAUUUAGAUCAGGUAGAUUAUUGUAUUAAAAAAAUGUUAAAAUCAUUAAAUGCUGAUGGUGCUAAAUACGAAGAUCUUAAUGAAAAAAUGGAAGAUUUUAUCAUAGAAGUUAAAGUGACAGCUAUUCAUUGUAGAAAAGUAAUUGAAGAAUUAUGCGAGAAAAAGAAAAAAUAUGAGGCCGUGAUUGCUGGGUUAGGUUAUUUUGGAUAUCAAAGCCUCAUUAAAGGAUAUCUUACAAAAAAUCGGAUUAUGUCAAGUUUGGCUGCGAUGGGGUUAAGUGGAGUAAGUUUAGCUGUGUUGGCCGCUUUAAGUCGCAAUUUAGGCAAUAAAAUUGACAACUUUAAUAAAACACUUGACCUAUUUAAAGAUUUGAACAUGAAAUUGGAAACAAAGAAAAAACGGCGCCACGUUAAAGAACAGGAAUUUGUUGAAAAUAAGCAAUUUUUGAUUACUGAAUAUGAAUUGCUUAUAAAUGAAUUUGGAGCAUUUGAAUCGGAGCUCUGA